UCUUGACCUUCGCAACUGAUUGAUUCACUCGCUUCUACGGUUGAACCAUGGCGCGAGGUACUUCUCAGUCUCAAACCGCCUCCUCCUCUGCCUCCUGUCCCGACAUCAUGGCUCCUCGCGGCUCUGCUGCUGCCACGGAUGGCUUGCGUCGCCGCCGUCUUGGAUCCUCUGCUUGCGGCUCUGCGUCUUUUGCUGUCGGUGGGCUUGGAGGAGGCAGCAGCAACAUGCUCCGAUUAUACACUGAUGAUGCACCAGGCCUGAAGAUCUCCCCCACUGUCGUCCUCGUGAUGAGCCUCUGCUUCAUUGGUUUCGUCACUGCUCUUCACGUUUUUUGGAAGCUUUAUCGCAGCAAUGUAGCUUCCGGACCCUAAACUGCUCAAUCGGGACAGAUGAGUCGCAAUCGGAGGAGGUGCCUGAUGUCUCGGAUCUUUGACUGUUUAUGACAUCGGUAAUACGAGAUGAUUGGUGAGAUGAUAGCUUGUAGCAAUUCAGCUACACGGACAAAAUACCCAGGUGAGUGUGUGUAUUAUUUCAUGAGUAUGAAUUUCAGUUCCAUAAAAAUUUAGAGGUAGAUGUGGUCAUAGGCUUGGCUCCUUGCUGCUACUCAUUGGAGAGAAUGCCAAAUUUGUAUCGAGUCUUAUAUAGUAAAUGAAUCAAAAUACUGUUUAAUAAAAAUUUAAUAAUUUUAAAAUGAAUUUUAAAGUUAAUAAGUUAUAAUAUAAAUUAAAUGUGUCAUCAAAUUUUAAAUAAUAAAUUUAGGUAUCUAUGUAUAAAUUUAACUUGUUGUUUAUAACAAAUUUGAUUUUUUGUGUUGGUUAAUUAAUUAGAGAGACUAAAUUAUUUUUAUGGUGAUGGGAAGAGUGAUAACCCAAAAAAGUAAAUAUCAUGGGGUUUUGUUUUUAUUUUUAGGAAGGAAAAUUCUCUAACAACAAUUGAUGUUACUUGAUCGAUUUCGAUUUACUUUUCUUUUCAAAUUAAAAAAAAAAAAAAAGAAGAAGUCCCUUCAAUUUG